AACAUCACUCGACCACCAUGGUUGGCAACAUGCAGGUUGAUCGUGAUCAGCCUAGCCAUAGCACAGCUAUUCAAGGAGCUUUUUCAACUGAUAACUCGCCGGUACCGAUACAUCUCCUUCGAGAACGCCCUCGAAUGCUUCAUUUAUUCGUCAGCCAUCAUCUCGCUGAGAGACUUAUCACCUUGCUCCGAGACUACCGGUAUACGAAUGAAUUGGCAAUGGCUUUUGGCAGCUGCGUGUGCCUUUUCGUCGUGGAUGAACCUCUUGCUUCUGAUCAGGAAACUUCCCAGAUUCGGCAUUUAUGUGGUGAUGUUUUUCGACGUUCUGCGAACAUUCUCGCGGUUCUUCAUCGUUUUCGCGUUGUUCGUGAUUGCCUUCAGUAUUGCAUUCUUCGUUAUCAUGCAGAAUCGGACUACAGUGAUGAUGAUCGGUGAGUUUGAGUUCACCGCCAUCUUCCACGGCGAUGCUGAUGUGCAUCCGGAACGGCUAUUCGGUCACGCCAUUGCCUAUCCUCUGUUUCUCUUCUUCUGUGUCAUCAUGACUAUUCUUCUGAUGAAUCUUCUGGUUGGUUUGGCUGUAGAUGAUAUCAAAUCUGUACUGGAGGAGGCCAAGCUAAAGAGGCUGAGCAUGCAGGUGCGAAUUUUGCAACUCUAUAGGGGAAUGCUGACAAUAUUGUCUCAAAGAGGAGCUUGGAAUAGUUCCCCUUGA